CUUUCCGGCAUGCAUGUGUGGAUUACGCUGUGAGCUCAGGGUCAUGCAUUGAAAAUACUGAAUUAAAUACACUUAAGAUUUUAUAUUGCAAAAUGCAGCGUGUGUUUUCUUCUAAGUUAUUUGUGUCCGGCACAUCUUUGGCCAUUGGCGUCGGUGUAGGCGCUGUUUUGGUAGGAUUUAAUACUGACAAUGACAGCCGGGGACUUCAGUCACACCGAGGACUUCUCGAGCGGGUCCCUGUCAUACCCAUCCCAAGUGUUGAUGCCGCCUCCGACUUGAUACCAAGUCAGCCAGGCCAGGUAGGGCUCUCCAAAUCUACCACUGCGAUGAAGUAUGGCUUCCCCUCGCUGUCCAACAUCAAAACUAGAGAGUCUUACGUGACGUCUUACGACCCGAGGAACAGGACUGCCGCGUGGGUCAUAGAGCAACUGAACCCCGAAACACUCUAUGGCGCCUCGGACAGAAAAUACUGCGAUUUCAAAGAAGACGAUUCGGUGCACGUUUACCACAGAUCGUCUAAUGCGGAUUACAGAGGAACCGGAUUCGACAGAGGACACCUGGCCGCGGCUGCCAAUCACAAGUGGAGUCAGAAGGCGAUGGACGACACGUUUUACCUGAGUAACGUGGCGCCGCAGAAUCCCCAUAUGAACCAAAACGCAUGGAAUAACCUGGAGAAAUACUGCCGCUCGCUGUCAAAGCAAUACCUGAAUGUGUUUGUGUGCACUGGACCACUCUACCUGCCAAGGCAAGAACCGGACGGCAAGAUGUACGUGAAGUACCAGGUGGUGGGCAAGAAUCACGUUGCCGUGCCGACGCACUUCUUCAAGGUGCUUAUCCUGGAGAAACCGCGAGGGGAGGUGGAGCUUCGCUCUUACGUCAUGCCGAACAUGCCCGUGGACGAGAAGAUCCCGCUGGAGCGCUUCCUGGUGCCCAUCGAGAGCAUCGAGCGGGCGUCCGGCCUGCUGUUCGUCCCCAACAUCAUGAAGAGGACCAGCGCCCUGCAGGCCAUCACCAUGGGGGGGCGCUCCUGAGAGGGGGCCACUGUGAGGCUGAGUUGCUGUGGGUUCUGAUCUAGAUCAAGUCUCCACACUGGCCACUGUGAGGCUGAGUUGCUGUGGGCGCUGAUCUAGAUCAAGUCUCUACACUGGCCACUGAAAGUGCUGCCCAGCAGCAGGUGUGAGCUUUGCUGUCUAAUCUAGACUAUCAAGAUGCUCUCAACAACAGUAGGGCUCUACUCACCGUCCACAAGCACUGUUCAUGUUCAUGUGACAGUCAAGAAGACGGAGUGUUUUGUAAAAGGAGGACUUUUAGUGAAUUGUUGAUGUUCUGUAAUCCUCUUCUUGUGUAUGCCCGUACUCACUCAUGAAUGUUGUGUGUGUGAUAGCAACCUCUUGCGUCCACUACUGAAUAGUCACUGGUCAGCACUGUGUGCUUCUCUCGGGAACCAGUAGAGAGGCACACACAGAGCCCUCAGCCUUUUGAUUGGUCAGGCUGCAGAUCUCAGGCAUUUGCUGCAUAUAACAGUGUUUCCUGUGGUGCUACGGUCUGCCAUACACCCCAGUUUCAACGAUGACGUUGGCUUUUGUGCUUAUAGAAUGUGGAACUUGGCCUACUUGUCCUGACGUCACUGAUCAUGUGAAGAUGUUGCAGUGGUGCUGAAAAUCCAGCCGUGGUGCUGUGCCACUGCUGAAUACUGUACAUUGUAGGGGAAACACUGUAAUAUGUACGUGCUCCAUUGUACUGCAUAUGCAAUAUGUACGUGCUCCAUUGUACUGCAUAUGCAAUAUGUACGUGCUCCAUUAUACUGCAUAUGCAAUAUGUGCUGUGUUAUACUACAUAUGUAAUAUGUACGUGCUCCAUUAUACUGCAUAUGCAAUAUGUGCUGUGUUAUACUACAUAUAAUAAGAAUGUUACAGCUCACCCUUCAGUGCUCCAAUAAUGAUCAAUAUACAGCAAUAAUGAUCAAUAUGCAGCAAUAAUCUCAGGGUUAGUCAUCUCAGAACAGAUCACGGGGCCAGUUUGACCUCAGAAUAUCCCAUAUCAUGAUUUCGCAAAUUAAAAAAAUCUCAAAAAUGACAGAAAAAGGGACACUAAACAGAUCACUGGAAGCUCUAAAUGUGACAUUGUGGAGGUUUAAUUGUUUGCUUUUACAUUUAUUCAUUUGGCAGACGUGUUUAUCCAAAAUGACGUACAGCAGUUGUUUGUUAUGUAAAACUGUCAAAUACUAUGCACAAAUAAAUAUCAGAGUAACACU